UUUUCUAUUUCACAGUGUCUCAGACAGUCAUCAUUUUCCAAGGAAACAGUAGAAAUGAAAGGUUUCCAGUUCGCUGUUGUCCUCCUUAUUGCCUGCAUCAGCUGUGCUGAGGCCCUGAGAUGCUACCGCUGUAUUCCGAGAGGUGGGUCAAGAUGCUACCGAACAAUUGAAACGUGCUCCAGACCUAAUUCAGUCUGUGCCACCGUCAUUUUCACAUACAACUACUCCUAUUUUAAGAGGUGCGUGACACGUUAUGAAGAAUCAAUAUACCGAGCCUACCCACAUCUUUUUCAUAUCUCCACCUGCUCUACUGACCUCUGCAACAGAUGAAGAUGAGGUUUCUGAGCAGAAAUUAUGACGCAAAUUAUGAGGCAUUCUGAGAGUGCUCAUAAAUGGUCAUUUAGUGACAUGAUACAGCGACAUGUAGUCUGGAUUGUGAGUUAGAAUAUUGUGUAAGCUGUGUCCUUAUUAAAGAAUAGAAGUGCAUUUGUGA